AUGGCCGAAUCAUCAACCACACGGGACAAAUCGCCCACCCCCUCCGAGCGCGAACGCAACGACAAACAAGCCAAAGCCCGCGAAGAAGAAGAACAAGCCAAACUCCCAUACAAAUGGAAACAAACUCUCGACGAAGCCGAAAUCACAAUCUCCAUCCCCGGGAACCUCAAAUCCAAGGACCUCCUCAUCGACCUCAAAAAGACACACAUCAAGGUCGCCAUAAAAGACGGAGACACACCAUUCCCACUUCAAACCGACGAAUCAACGUGGACGCUUAACACGAAAUCCGAUGGCGGCAAGGAGAUCAAUAUCACUGUUGCGAAGGCGAGAGGUACGAAUUGGUGGCCGCAUAUCACAACGGAUGCGCCGAAGAUCGAUGUCACGAAGAUUGUGCCGGAAAAUUCCAAGUUGAAUGAUUUGGAUGGAGAGACUAGGGGCAUGGUCGAGAAGAUGAUGUAUGAUCAGGAGAUGAAGAGGCAGGGCAAGCCGACUAGUGAUGAGCAGCAGAAGCAGGAUUUGCUGAAGAAGUUUAUGAAGGAGCACCCCGAGAUGGAUUUUAGCCAGGCUAAGAUUGGUUGA